UAGGAUUUCAACAAUUUUACAAAUGGCAACUUCGAAAGUUCUUAGUAUCGUUCUCUUUGUGUUGUUGGGCUUAAGCAUAAGUUCUGCUGCCAGAAAACUCAUUGUUGGGGAUGUAGGUGGAGGAUAUGGAUAUGCCGGACCAGGCGAAGGAGGUGAUGGAUAUGGUGUUUCUCGAGGAGGAGGAGGAGGCGAAGCAGGCGGUGGAUAUGGUCCUGAUGGACCAGGUACGGGAAGUGGUGGAUUUGUUCCUGGUUACCCGGGUGUAGGAGGUGGUGGAUUUGUUCCUGGGGUAGGAGGCGGUGAAUGUGUCCCAGGUUACCCGUGUGAAGGAAGUGGUGGACAUGUUCCUGGUGGAGAAGACGGUGGAUAUGUUCCUGGUGGACCGGGUGAAGGAGUUGGUGGACAUGUUCCUGGUGGAGGAGACGGUGGAUAUGUUCCUGGUGGACCGGGUGAAGGAGUUGGUGGACAUGUUCCUGGUGGACCGGGUGAAGGAGGUGGUGAUAUUCCUGGUGGAGGAGGUGAUGUAGGUGGUGGGUAUGUUCCUGGUGGACCGGGCGAAGGAGGUGGUGAUGUUCCUGGUGAAGGAGGGAAAGGAGGCGUUGGGUAUGUUCCUGUUGGACCUGGUGAAGGAAGUGGUGAUGGUGGAGGUGGAGGAGGUUAUCCCGGUGGAGGUGGUGGUGGUGGCUACGCUAGAAAAAUUACUUGUUUUUAUAUAUGGUGUUGGCCUGUUGGUCAUGAUGGUUAUCACUAAGCUUACUAUGAUAUCUACGUAAAGAUUAUACCUAGCUCUCUUCCUAACCAUAUAUAUAUAUAU